UCCUGCUGCUGGGGACAGAGCGGCCUCAAGCGACCCUGCUGACCGUGCCCGGCGGCCCUCUUCCUUCCGUCGGGCGGGAGCGGGGCUGGCUGGCACCAUGGCGCAGACGGACGUGCUCCUGACCAAGGAGCCGGCCCCGCAGUCGGUGCCGGCGUGCGAGCUGCCCCGGAAGCUUUACGACGUGGCCCGGAACACGGGCGCCUACACGUCCUCGGGCCUGGCCACCGCCGGCUUCCGCUCGGCCAAGUACCUGGUGGACGAGUGGUUCCAGAACUGCUAUGCCCGCUACCACCAGGCUUUCGCCGACCGCGACCAGUCGGAGCGGCAGCGCCACGAGAGCCAGCAGCUGGCGGCCGAGACGGAGGCGCUGGCGAGGCGCACGCAGGAGGCCGCCAGCAGGCAGGUGGGCGCGCGCCUGCAGGACAUGCACUGCUGGAAGUCCGAGCUGCAGCGCGAGCUGGGCGAGCUGGGCGCCGAGACCGACCUGCUGCUGGCCCAGAAGCAGCGGCUGCAGCUCGCCCUGGACGCCACCGCCGUGCCCUUCUCCAUCGCCACCGACAACCUGCAGUGCCGCGAGCGGCGCCAGCACCCGGACCUGGUCCGCGACCACGUGGAGAUGGAGCUGCUGAAGGAGGCCGAGCUUCUCCGGAACAUUCAGGAGCUCCUAAAAAGGACCAUAAUGCAGGCUGUGAACCAGAUCCGGCUGAACCGGGAGCGCAAGGAGACGUGUGAGAUGGACUGGUCGGACAAGGUGGAGGCCUACGACAUCGACCAGACCUGCGCCCGCUACCGCAACCAGAGCACCGAGGUGCAGUUCUACCCGCACUCAGCCAAGUUCGAGGAGAGCGCCUCUACGCCGGAGACGUGGGCCCGGUUCACCCAGGAAAACCUGUACCGCGCGGAGCGCGAGCGCCUGGCGUCGGGCAACCUGCGGGUGCUCAUCGAUUGCAUCCUGCGGGACGCGGCCGAGGACCUGCGGCUGCAGUGUGACGCCGUGAACCUGGCCUUCGAGCGCCGCUGUGAGGAGCUGGAGGACGCGCGCCACAAACUGACCGACCACCUGGACAAGGGCCCAUCCUGUGUGCAGACGCUGCGGGAGAUCACGGACCAGGAGCACAACGUCGCAGCUCUGAAGCAGGCCGUCAAGGACAAGGAGGCGCCCCUGAAGGUGGCCCAGACCCGCUUAUACCAGCGCUCAGGCCGGCCCAACGCGGAGCUGUGCCGGGACUCCGCCCAGUUCAGGCUGGUGAGCGAGGUGGAGGAGCUGAACAUGUCCCUUGCGGCACUGAAGGAGAAGCUUCUAGAAGCCGAGCAGUCGCUGCGCAAUCUGGAGGACACACGCAUGAGCCUGGAGAAGGACAUUGCCGUCAAGACCAACAGCCUCUUCAUCGACCGCCAGAAGUGCAUGGCCCACCGUGCCCACCACCCCACCAUCCUCCAGCUGGCCGGCUACCGGUGACCAGGGCACCACAGCCUGUGCGCCUGUGGCCUGGCUGGCCUUGGGGAAGGGGCUGUCCCCCCGCCCCUCAAAUAAAGAGCACGUUAGCUUUCUA